AUGGCACCACGAAAAAAAACUAGUGUCUUGAGGGAUCAUUUUUCCGAAUGCCAGCCAAAGUUGGCAAAAUCUCAGUACUGUACACAAAAAAUUGCAUUUACGGCAGGUAGUUUCGGAAAUUUAAGUAGACAUUUGAUUCGAAAACAUCCUACGAUUUCAAUUAACGUCGCAGAUCGUCAAUCAACUGUUUCGUCAACUGUUGAUAUUGAAACUCUAACUACAAGUGAUCAAAAUCUGCCGUUAGUCACUUUUAAAUCUAAAUCAGUAUCUCAAGAUAAUACUCAAUUAACUAUAAACACUUUCACUGAAAGUAUGAAACCAAUUGUUCCAAGCAAAAAAAAAAAAAAACAAAUUGAUCAACAAUUGAUCACUAUGAUAGCCAAAGAAUAUCACCCACUUUACUUAGUUGAAGAAACAGAAUUUAAGAACUUUGUGCAUUUAUUAUGUCCCUCUUAUAGUUUACCUUCAAGAAAAGCACUGUCUGAAAAUCUUCUUCCCCAACUUUAUUUGAAAUUGACUCACGAGAUACAAAGUAAAAUUGAAAAAGCACUAGCCAUAUGUUUGACCACUGAUGGUUGGACGUCGAGAAAUAAUCAGAGUUUUAUCGCUGUUACAGCACAUUAUAUUGAUGUGGAGAGCAUGCAUUUGUGUUCUAAUUUGCUUGGUUGCAUUGAAUAUGAUGAAAGCCAUACGGCAGAAAAUUUAUGUAAUUUCUUGAAAGAAGAAAUGUCCAAGUGGAAUAUUGAAAAUAAAGUUGGAGCUGUUGUCAGUGAUCAUGCGGCAAAUAUCAUUUCGGCAGUGCAAUUAGGAGGAUGGAGAUUUAUAGGUUGCUUUGCUCAUUUACUAAAUCUCAUUGUGCAAACAGCUGUUACGUUUUGGGAAAUUACCCAAAAUUAA